UGGAGACUCGAUUUCUCGCGACGGCAGCAGCAGCUUCAUUCUCAGGUCGGGAAACUGACAACAAGCGAACAGAGAAAAACAGAGACAAAUCUACAUCCAUCCUUCCGAGUUUCUCUAUCCGGUGGAAAUAUAUCGAUAUAUGUGAGCUGAAGCGACAGUCGUACGUUCAAUCGAAACAGACGGUACUGAGGAAGAGGUGCAAAGAAAAAUUUCCAUACUCGAUGACAUUACAUCGCAAUGUCCGAUCGUUUGGGGCAAAUAACCAAGUCCAAGGAUGGGAAAAGCAAGUAUUCAUCACUCAGCCUAUUUGACAAGUACAAAGGGAAGUCAAUAGAAACUCAGAAAACCACAGUUGUUGCACGACAUGGCUUACAGAGUCUUGGCAAAGUGGCCGCUGCCCGGCGCAUGCCCCCUCCCGCUCACCUGCCGAGUCUGAAGUCUGAGAGUAAAGGAAACGAUCCCAACGUGAUUAUCGUGCCCAAAGACGGUACAGGAUGGGCAAACAAGCAGGAUCAACCCGAUCCAAAGAGUUCCGUUGCAUCAUCAGCACAGCUGCCGGAGUCGCAGCCACCACUGGCUUUACAGAAAUCUGUCUCCAAUCUUCAGAAGCCCAUGCCAAUAACCAGCCAGGAGAGCACAAGUACAGGUGGACCAAAGCAAUGGGCACAGCUCAAUGGAAAGGCAGUAGAUCAAGAUGGUUUAAAGGUCUCAAGCCGACUGCAGCCCUUCUCUCACGAGGAAUUUCCGACGCUGAAAGCAGCAGGCGAACAGGACAAGGCUGGCAAGGAAAGAAGCGUGUUCGAUCCGUCGUAUGGGCCCGGACCAAGCCUCCGCCCACAGAAUGUGUCGAGCUGGAGGGAUGGCGGUGGGAGGAACCUGCAGCCCCCGGUGCUGUCUGCCGCCCCGCCCUGCACAGACACGGACACCAAGAGCAGCGGCUCAGCUGAGACCACCACUCCUCUUCCUCCCCCCUCCUCAUCCUCAUCCUCCUCCUCCGCUGCUGCUGCCCAGUCCUCUGAUGUGAAGGAGCCAUCGCUGCGGCCCGCUCAGCCCAUGCAGCGCAGAGCCGCCCCAUCAGCCCUCCAGUACCAGCACCACCCCACCACCACAUACCACGACAUGCUGCCUGCCUUCAUGUGCCCUAAAGAGACUCGUGACGCUCCGGGCUCCUCGGAUCAUGGCCCGACCACUGUGGUUGCCCCCGUGCGCUUUGAAUCUAGGAUGAUCUUCAGACCAGCGUUCCCUGCACCGGAGCCCAUCAAUGGUGAUUUAAGAAGAGAGGCCCGUUUCCCCCGUAUCCCUCCUCGCCCCUCCACUCGCCCGAUCCGCCGCCCAGGAGAUCGAGCUUCCCGUCCUGCCAUAAUCAACCCUGAGGACCUGAAGGACCUCGAUGAACUGGACAAUGACUGUGAAGACGGCUGGGCAGGUCUCCAUGAGGAAGUGGAUUAUAGCGAGAAGCUUAAAUUCAGUGACGAUGAGGAAGAUCACUCCCCCUGUGAGAAGAAUAAGAUCUGGAAUGACUGGGACAACCAUAAGGACCAGCAUUCAUCUCAGAGCUCUGGUGACGGUGCGUUUCCACAAGACGCUGAGGAGUCAUACUCAUGCCAGCCAGGGGCAGUACUCUCCAGGAAGACCAAUGGACGAUUCUCCUCUUCUGAAUCUCAGCACCAGCAGAAGAACAGUGGCAACAGUGAGUCUGCAGAGGAGCAGGAGGAGCCGCAGCGGCAGGCGCCGCCUCGUGGGAAGUUUGUCUCGGCCGACCUCUCUGCUGUGGAGAGAGCGCGCAGACGGCGCGAAGAGGAGGAGAGGAGAGCGCGGGAGGAGAGACUGGCUGCCUGUGCAGAGAAACUCAAAAAACUGGAUGAAAAAUUUGGCAAAACUGAGAAACCUGCACGCUCUGGAGAAACGCUGAGAGAAGCAGACAGCAAGGAGCUGACGCAGUCUCCAGGCCGAAGGUCAUCCAAACACCACCAGGAGGGCUGGCAGUAUGGCACUAAAGAAGUGUCUGAUACACCAACUGAGUCAUCCAGUCAGGAUUACAAAGAUGAAGGUUGUAACUACCACAAUGAUGACGAUGGUCCUGAGUCCACCUCUCCCCUCCCAGACUACGGCCGACACCAGAAGCCUGUGCCGCCCCGCUUCCAGAAGCAGCACCAGCAGCAGGAGCAGGUGUAUAAGAUGGCGCCGUGGCAGCAGUCGAGUCACCCCACCCAGUCCAGCUCUGCUCACCCACAGAGAGGCUUUUACCCUCCUCAUGUCCUGGGCUUUGACCCACGCUGGAUGAUGAUGCCUCCCUACAUGGAUCCCUGCAUGGCGCAGGGAUGUUCUCCAGUGGAUUUCUACCCUCCUGGAGUUCACUCAUCUGGUUUGGUGAAACCUGUCAUUCAACAGGAUCACCUGAAUAGCCCUGGUUCCACCUCUGAUGAAGGCUGCCAUCAGGAGAGGAGGGCGCCAUCCACUGAGCCUUACCAAGUGUGGAACCAAGACAGCUACUCGUCUGCACGCAGUUUCACCCCACCCUACCAGAGACAGCACGAGAAUUGCGACAGGGCUCAGGUAGAUGACAGGAGUGACCAGUCAUGCUCCCGACAUGUCUCAUAUGAAGACCGAGGUCAUGACCGCACAGACAGUCCAGCAGAGGAACUGACCCAUCAAGGCUUCCGGCAAGGCAGAGGCUCCGACGUGUCGCUCUGUUCGCAGCGAGAAGUUUCCCAUGAAGUAGCCCAUCAACCAUUAAUACUCAGCAGAACCCAUCCUGGAGACAGUGAGCACAGGGACGUCUCCUCUGGUAGACAUCAGAAAGAAGACCUUGAUACGCAUGACGAGGCCUUCAACAGCAAGGAGAAGAGCUACGACUCUGAUUUUUGGAGGAAAGACAUGGGUAGUCUGAGGAAAGACGGCAGCAGUCAGGCCCCGUGGUCCGAUCACGGUUCGAGCAGCAGCAGUAGUGUAAGCCAGCCAUCUGAGUCCAGUGGUAGAACCCUUAGAAGGACGGGACCCAUCAAGAAACCUGUGCUGAAGCCCUUGAAGGUUGAAGACAAAGAGAACGAGAAACCCAAAACUGACCCGGAGGAGAAGACUGUCCCAUACAGACUGGAGAAGGAAGUGGUUACCAACGUCUAUGACCUGAAGAAAGAUGCUCCACUUCUGUCUAACAGGCACUCCGCCCCACCACCCGCUCCCUCUCCUGAGGAGAAACAAGUGGAAGCUCCGAAGGUGGAGGAAACGAGCAAUUUGCCUGAAGGGUUGCACAAAGAGAACUACUGGAAUAGCAGCAAGAGUCAGUCUGUGGACUGUUCUGACAGCAGGGAUCCACCAGCCCCUCGCCGCAACAACUGGAUAUUCAUUGAUGAAGAGCAGGCGUUUGCAGGGGCCAGGGGAGCGGGUCGUGGACGUGGCCGGGGCUUCAGAGAGUUCAACUCUCGUGGUGCUCGUGGAGGACGAAGCGACGGCAACAGAGGAGCCUACAGUAUCGCAGGCACACAGAGGCCUGCGCGAGGACGUGGUGCUCGAGAGUUCAGGAGCGAAGAUCUGCAGCGAGGCAAACCCCGUAGACGCAACGUGAGUGAGACUCACAGCGAGGCCUCAGAAUACGAGGAGCAGCCCAAGCGCCCACGCCAGAAGGCCACUGAGAACGGAGAGACUUCGUAUCUUGUGUCUGGAGAGGUCAAGAGGGCUGACAAGGAGUCGUGGAGAUCAAACAAGGUCUACACUGAUGAUCAGAGCGGCAACAGCGAUUCCAGGGACAAGACUAAAUCAGCUCGAGUGUUUGGAAGGUCAUUGCCCCCUCGCCUUAAUGCUGGAUACAACCGUGGAUUUGGCUCAAGGGACAUUUCGACAUGGAGAGGGAGAGGAGCCCAGUUUGGAAGUACAUCCGCGCAGGAGAACGGCUACAACUUCGGUGCAGACUCCUAUUCUAAACGCUCGUCGGAACGGGAUCCCCUGAAGUACCCUCCAAAAUUUACGGGCUCCUUUGUAGAGAAUGGCGUCGAGGACAGAGAUGGAGGUUACUAUGUUGAUAAUGAUAAUCCUGACAACCGGCCCCUUAGAAGGCGGCGUCCCCCACGCCAGGAUAAGCCCCCACGCUUCAGGCGUCUACAGCAAGGGCGUGAAGGAGGAGGUCAGUGGAAUAAUGAAGACUAUGUUAACGGAGAUGUUGCCAAUCAGUGGCCGGGUCGUUCUAAGGGCGCAGAGGAGCACUGGCCCAACUACUACUCUGGAGGACGGUCACAGGAGAUCAGGGGUCAGAGUCAGGGUGAGGACUGGGAAACCGGCUCUGAAAACAGCGAUUUCAGUGACUGGAGGGAGAAACGGGGGCAGCAUGGCGACAUGCUCAUGGAUGCGGGCCACGGAGAACCUGGCUCUGAGAAGAGAGAGCUCUCCAAGCGGAGCUUUUCUAGUCAGCGGCCAGUCGUCGACAGACAGAACCGGAAGAGUGACACGUCUGUAAUGGAAAACAAGAUGAGCCGCUCAACGGACACGCAGUCUAGUGCAGGUUCCUCUGGUAGAAACGCGAGUUGGCAGAACGGCGUUGCUUCCAACAGCAAACGAGUUCCAGAAGAUUCAGUCACCGGCCUGAGCUCGGCAUCUGUGUACAACGUGGAGCAAAACGACGACACGGGUGCGGUGGAAGCAACGGGAAAGAUCUUAGAGAAAGACUUGAUGCCCAGAAGCAUGAAGGGGGACAUGACAGAACCACUGUCCCAAUAUGACCUGAACACUUACCCAAUUGAGAGUGACUCAGGAGCUUCUGUACCCAGUCCAGAGGUUUUCCAGGAAGCUCUGUCCAAAAAACAGCGCCGCCCACAGGAUGAUGAUCGCAGGAGGAAGGAUCAGGGUCCUCCAGGUUCGGUAAAGAAUAGAACAAUUGCAUCGAAAAUGCCUCCCCGUUUUGCCAAGAAGCAAGGCAGCAUGUCCAUCGAGCAGCCCGAGGAGACGCUCUCCACCAACAACUUGGGAACAGAGAUCUGGGAGACAAACAGCACAGCUCUGACUGUCCAAUCUUUAGGUGGCGAUUCAUGGACAAAGCAGGUUUCUUACACGGGAAGCGAACCCAAUUCAGAGGAUUCAGAUGCAGGGCCCGAGCAGAGCAAAGAACACAAACCGGGCCCCAUUGGCAAUGAGCGCUCGCUGAAGAACCGCAAGGGCUCUGAGGGCAUGGAGCGUCUGGAGGGACCCAUCACUCCCGUCAAUGGAGUGGAUAUUCACGUGGACAAUGUCAUUCCUGUGCCGCCCAUCGAGUUUGGUGUCAGUGCAAAGGAUUCUGACUUUAGCCUUCCUCCAGGGUCCACGCCAGUGCCUGUGGCCAACCCCGUCACCAAGCUGCAGGACGUGCUUGCUGGGAAUGCGGUCCUGUCUCAAGCCAUCCCGAUGCUCCGCAGAGACCACCUGCAGCCUGGAAUAAACCUCAACCCCAUCAGCUUCCCUACUGCGGACCUCACUCUCAAGAUGGAGUCUGCUCGUAAGGCGUGGGAGAACUCUCAGGCUCUCCCGGAGCAGUGCUCCCCGGGCGGUGUGGGCUCCGGCGCUCAGCCCGCCUGCAGCGUGGGCUCCUCCAGCGGCGUCAGCUACAGCUCCUUCGGCGGAGUGUCCCUGCCACCCAUGCCUGUGGCGUCUGUUGCUCCUUCUGUCUCCAUGCAAGGCAGUCACAUUCCUCCUCUGUAUCUGGACGGUCAUGUGUUCCAGAGUCAGCCACGGCUCAUGCCGCCCUUGUCUCAGCAGCCCAGUUACCAGCAGGCCACCCCUCAGCAGAUCCCCAUCUCCCUGCACACGUCUCUACAGGCUCAGGCUCAGCUGGGUCUGCGAGGAGCUCUGCCUGUCUCUCAGUCUCAAGAGAUGUUCAACUCUAUCCCUCCCUUCAGGUCUCAGGUGUACAUGCACCCAAACCUGUCUCAGCCCAGUCCCAUGGUGCUCUCUGGUGGAGCUCCUCUCAAAGGGCCUUACUCUGCAUUUCCUGGCAUGCAGCCGUCAGACAUGGUCAAACCACAGUCUGGGUCUCACUACCAGCCCAUGAAUGGCAGCCAGCCGCUGGUGUAUGAUGGGUCUAUGAAUCAGGCGGCUGGGAUGGGCACGUCACAGCUCAUGGACUCACAGCUCAUUCAGGUGACGAUGCCCAUGCCUGGAUCUCAGCUGCGCUACGGCUCGGCCCAGCAGCACCUCAUCCUGCCCCAGUCCAUCCAGCUCCAGCAGAACCAGAACUUGUCUGUGGGAGCUCCACGCCGCAUGAUGCCUCCUGGAUCCCAGCCGACCGUUAUGAGUGGCAGCAGGGAGCCUUCCCAGAUGGACUUGAAGGGAUUUCAGUUCUCUGAUAAGCCCAACCACUCACCUGGAAUACCCAGCGGCUCCUACAGGCCCGGUUCAGCCAGUCCUAGUGGGAAACCCGCAGGAGCCCCUGCAGCGGUCACCUCUCUCCCAGGACAUUACACACAGCAGAUGUCCGCUCCUCAGGGCAGUAUGGUCAUGCACAUGAGGCCCCCCACCAGUGGUCCCUUCCCCAACCCUAUCCAGCGGCCCGUCAUGCAGGUCAACAAAACCGUCAUCAUCCGUUCGCCACCCUACCCCAGCCCUGGGCGCGAUCCGCACCACAGCACACCCCCCUCCAACCCCGAGCUAACCGUGAAGGGUCCUGAGGAUGGUGUGAAGGUGAAGGCUCUGCGUGACGCGUGUCAGGCCGUCAGCGACGCCAAGAGCUCAUCAGUGAUUCCCGGCAAGAUCCAGGAGCAGCUGCCUUCAGUACAGGUCAAAGCUGCUCAAACCAGAGCCAUCAAACCACACUCAGUCAAAGUGGAGGAAGGCAACGACUAAUAAAUGGACCUCAUGAUCACAUGACACCGCUGUCUGUAGGACCUCCUCUCUCUUCCUCCUCCUCCUUUCUCCCCCCCUCUCUCUGUCACUGCACUCCGGAACUGACGCACAGGAUCACCAACUCCACAAAUCAAUCGGAACACAUUAAUAAUAAACGUCUCACAGAGCGAUAUGAGUAUCUAUAUAUAUAUAUAUAUAUAUAAAUAGACACGAUAGUUUUGAACUCUACUGCGCAGACUUUCCAAGAUCAGCUUUAUUUAUUUACAUUUUCUUUGACAUUUUCAAGUGAAGAAUUACGGUUCACAAAAGUGGCAAACGAACCCUGGUGUCUCUCGCUCUCUCCAUCAAAGUCUGCAAACAGAAAAACAGGAAGCGUAUCUCCAGCUCUCGCGUCUCCACGCCCACAUUGCCAAACUGAGCCAGCUGAUUGGACUCGAGGUUUUGAUUGACAUGCAGAUCAACAGAAGCUCCAGAGCUGCAGUGUGUGGCAUUAGUCAUUUUUACUGGGUACCAUGGAGUUUUAACUUUUUUUUAUUUUUUUAUAUAUAUAUAUAUAUAUAUAUAUAUAAAUAUAGUAAUCAUGC